AGAGUCGGUCCUCCCAAGACAGAGAGGCCGGAAGUGCUCUUCGCGGAGCCGAGCGGAUGUGGGUAGCCAGGUUGGGCGCACGCCGGUAGGGCCCGCAGGCGGCUUGGCUCUGUAGUCAUUGCACAGGUCUGCGUGAGGGUCUCGGGGCUUCUGGGCGGCCACAAUGGCCUCUCGGGCAGGCCCGCGAGCGGCCGGCACGGACGGCAGCGACUUUCAGCACCGGGAGCGCAUCGCCAUGCACUACCAGAUGAGUGUGACCCUCAAGUAUGAAAUCAAGAAGCUGAUCUACGUCCAUUUGGUUUUAUGGCUGCUGCUGGUUGCCAAGAUGAGUGUGGGACACCUAAGGCUCUUGUCACAUGAUCAGGUGGCCAUGCCCUAUCAGUGGGAGUACCCCUAUUUGUUGAGCGUUUUGCCCUCUCUCUUGGGCCUUCUCUCCUUCCCCCGCAACAACAUUAGCUACCUGGUGCUCUCCAUGAUCAGCAUGGGGCUCUUUUCCAUCGCUCCUCUCAUUUAUGGCAGCAUGGAGAUGUUCCCUGCUGCACAGCAGCUCUACCGCCAUGGCAAGGCCUACCGCUUCCUCUUUGGGUUUUCUGCCGUCUCCGUCAUGUACCUGGUGCUGGUGCUGGCGGUCCAAGUGCAUGCCUGGCAGUUAUACUACAGCAAGAAGCUCCUGGACUCUUGGUUCACCAGCACACAGGAGAAGAAGCGUAAAUGAAGCCUGCCUGAUGGACUACUCUGGAGUGAAGCCUGGGUCUCCUGUUGAACAAAAGGACAGUAAUAGAGGAGUGAUUUUAAAAUCUCUUCUAGUGAUUUUAGCAGCUGUGAUACUGGCAUCUACUGCAGACCAGCCAAAGUUGUGGAAAGCCCCUCCUGUUACUUUCUGCUGAGAUGGCAAAACUAUGUUUAAUUUAUUCCUGGUUGGCUAGAACUGAGUGACCAACAACUGUGAGACAAACAGAUGGUUCAAGUUGAAGCGCUUUGGGGUUUUUCUUUAAGACUGAGCCUCAUCCUUGCCUCCUUCCCUUUCCAUCCAUUACCCCUCAGCCACCAAGACUGAAGAAAAAAGGGAGUGUCAAACUCUACUUCCAUCUGUAGUUCACAGGUCAGGAGACAUUUGGGAAGCUGCUACCCUGCAGGCCGUGGUCUCUUCUGCAAAGCGUUUUGAUUUAAAAUAAUAAUAAUAAAACUUAAUAAAGACUUCCCUGUCAACUCUG